CGGUACUCUGAUGUCAUACGCCGCUCAGUCUGCGCAGCUACGCAUGCAAGCAAACACUUCUCAGGCACCCGGAAUGAAAUCAUGGACGUGUUUAAUGUUUUAAAAAAUGAUUUUCAGCUCAUUUAUCCAUCGAGUGCGCACGUGAAUACAUGACAGUUUCCUUUCAUCUUGACCGUUAGAUCAGCGCUCAGACAUCAACAUGGAGGGUCAAUACGUCACCAUUCACGGGCUCAACAUCACCCACAGUCCCCCUGCAGCCCCUGCGAUGUCCAUCGGCAACCUCUUCCCGGCCCUGCUGGAAUGCUUCGGCAUCAUCCUGUGCGGCUAUGUGGCGGGUCGCUGUGACAUCAUCGGAGCGGGAGAGGUCAAAGGGCUGGGCAGCUUUGUGUCAUGCUUUGCCCUCCCCGCCCUGCUCUUCAAAAACAUGGUGCAGCUGCGCUUCGAGCACGUCGUCUGGUCGUUCCUCUGGAGCAUCUUGAUGGCAAAAGUGUGUGUGUUCACGCUGGUGUGUGUGCUGACACUGUUGGUGGCGAGCCCCGAGAGCAAAUUCAGUAAAGCCGGACUCUUCGCCAUCUUUGCCACUCAGAGCAAUGACUUUGCACUUGGACAUCCUAUAGUGGAUGCUCUGUACAGGAGCUCACACCCGGAGUAUGUGCAGUAUAUUUAUCUGGUGGCGCCCGUGUCUCUGAUGUUGCUGAACCCCGUGGGCUUUGCUCUGUGUGAGAUCCAGCGAUGGAGACAAACCACCGACGGCAACUACAGCAAACUGCGUGUGAUGUGCACUGUCACACUGCAGAUUUUGAAGAACCCAAUAGUCUUCAUGGUGAUUGUAGGAAUUCUUUUCCAUUUCCUCUUUGGUGGCCGCGUCCCGGUUUUGCUCGCCGAGUUUGUUGACGGACUAGCAAACUCCUUCGGAGGGGCGGCACUUUUUUAUCUAGGACUGAACAUGGUGGGACAGAUGCGGAGGCUGACGCGCUCUGCCGGGGUUUCCCUCAUCCUGCUCAUCACUGCCAAACUGUUAGUGAUGCCGUUGAUGUGUAAGGACAUGGUGGAGUUACUAGAUGCUGGGAAUUCAAGCUUGGUGAAUCAUUCCAGUCUGUCUGACUACGCGUUUCUGUACGGAGUCUUUCCCACCGCUCCCAGUGUGGCCAUAUACGCUGCCCACUACAACAUGGAGCUGGAGGUGGUGAUGUCUGGGCUGGUCAUCAGCACGUUUCUGUCAGCGCCCAUCAUGUAUGUGUCGGCGUGGUUACUGACCAUUCCCUGGAUGGAGGCCACGUCACUGGUGAAGGAGCUGCAGGACGUGAGCUUCAACAUCAGUGUCGUCAGUCUGAUAGCCCUGGUUUGGACUCUUGCUGUCAUGCUGCUGAGUAAGAAGUUUAGGAGACCGCCACAUAUGUUCACCACAAAUCUGUUCUUUGCACAGUUUCUGGCGUGUCUGUUGAUGAUCAUGUGGAGCAUUGCAGUGAGGCAGGGCAGUGAGGCAGGGCAGAUUCUCAUCUUCACUCUUCUCUAUGGAUGUCUGUACAGUACGUACAUGUGGACAGGUCUUUUGGCGUUUUCUCUCACUUUAUUGAGGAGAAAUGAAAACAUGAAGGUGAAACCGUGGAUAUUCAUCAUGUUUGGAUGGGGUGUUCCUUUCUUAAUUGUGGGCGGGUUGCUGGUGGUAGGACAAAGAAUGAGUGACAGCAGAGACUCCGCCUUCUUUUACGGCAGCGGGCAGAUGAUGUGUACCGUGCUGCUUCUGGGCUGCAGCAUCAUGUUGGCCGGUCUGUCUCUGAUGGGUUUGAGUCGAGGGGUCCGGGAGGAACAGAACUAUCAUGUUCUCAGUCAGAACACGGUGACCAGCACAACAGAUAAUGGGAGACACGAGGACUCUCCUGAGCGAGAGCUGUCUCAUAGCAGUCUCAACAGAGAUGUUUGUUCUAGUGAACCAAUGCCUGAUAUGAUAGCUGGACAUCUGAGCGAGUCACCGGGACCUUCCGCAGGUUAUGUACAGUAUUUAUUUAGUCAUAUCUUCUAUGUAUUAUUGAGAAUGGCAGCGUGUGGAUUUACAUGUGUGUAUGUUGGUGUUUUAGGAGCUCCGCUGAGCGAGGCGUCGAGCUCUACACGCGUGCAGGAGGAGAGACAGAUCGCUCGUCAUGUGCUCCUCUGUCUGCUUCUCAUUGUCUGCAUGCUGGCGAACGUGUCCAGCUGUCUGUGGUGGUUGUUCAGUGAUAAUCCGGGUCGACUCUAUCUGGAGCUUCAAUUCUUUUGUGCUGUAGCCAAUUAUGGACAGGGAUUAAUAUCCUUUGGGAUUUUUGGUUUGGAUGAACAUCUUAUCCUUCUUCCUUUCAAAAAGAGGCUGGCGGCUCUGUGCGGGUUGGGUCCAGAUGAAAACCCAGAGUCAUCUGCAGUGCAGGAGGAUAUUCGACUCACCCGUACACAGUUUGUGCGUUACCACAAAGAUCAGUGCGUUCAGGAUAUCGUCCGUAACAAAGGUGGAUCUUCUGAAUCUCUUACGGGACCUGCGGGCGAGUCUUUCCUUUGAUUGACAGCUGUACUCGCUGUUAUCCAGCCAGUCACUUGAUAUUGUGGGCGUGGUUAAAGAUGGACGUCUUUGGCCUUGCUUUCAGAAGAAUGGUGUCUUACAACACGUGACACAUUUGUGUGCCCUGUAAUAUUACUCCAGACAUGAGUGAUAGGUCCCUGCUGUUGGUGAUGUGACCCAACCCCUGGAAUAGACUAAAAAUUGAGCUGUUCUAUUUUCAAAAUGUUUUGUACUUGUUGAAAAAGUAUGCAUGGCAUGCAAAUGGCUCAGGAUUCUCUCUUGAUCUCUCUUUAUCUCAUACACACACAUUGAAGAGCUCUUGAAUGCCUUGGUGAUGCAGGUACAAACACAGAAAGCCUGUUAUCUAUACACAUUUACUACUGACUGGGAUUUCAAUUGUAUUGUCUUGACAGUAAAGCAAUGCAAGCGAUGUUUACAACAUUAGAUACACUUGGAGAGUAGCUAAAGGGGAAAUUCAGGACGAUCCUGCUGGUCAAAACAUCUCUGGUAUUAAAACCAGGCCAUUAUUAAGCACUACUGACGUUCACAUUAGUGUCAUAUUCAGCUUAUUUAUGUAACUCUGUGUUGCUGAUGUGAAUCUGUGAUGUCGUUUGUUUCUGUGACUAAGUACCUCAUAACCUUAUUGUUUCAAGAUGUGUGAAAUCACUGGUAAAAUUUGAUUAAAGUAUCUGUUUGUGCAA